AUGAACGACCGAUCCGUCCCCCGCUUCAACCCAGCGCCCGAGCAAGUCGGCAUGCACGAGGACGACAUGAGCUACAAGGAUCAACUCGACCAAAAGGCCUUUGAGGCGCGCCAGCCCGAGGACGCAAACGACGGCGUGAUGCAUCCUGUUAUUGAAAAGGUCGUCGAAUACGUGCCCGUCGCGGCCAAGGUCCUCGGCGACCCCAAGGCCGAGAGGAAGGAGAAGGACGACAAGGGCAACGAGAACCCGCCCGGCCCGCCCGAGCGGCCCCUCGACGACGACAAGAUUGAGAGCUUUCUGCGCGGGCAGCACAAGAGCAUAGGCAAAGACGGCGUGUCCCAGUGA